UACGUUGACGUCAAAAGUGGCGUGCACCACAUGAAACAGACGACUUCUUCCAGUUUUCAAUUAGCCCCCCGAAAGCGCAAUGGAGUCGCGCGUACGAGCCGUCGCGCCGGCGUCCACCGCGUUCUACGGGCGUCUGAUCCCGCAAACAAGCGACGAGGAGGAAGUGGCGGCGGCUCUGGCAGCUCUAGAAGCGCCCAGUGCCGGUAUACCGCCUCCUGUGACGCGCAAUCGCGCCGUGUCGGCCGCGCGAACGCUGCGCAACGCUGUUCUUCAGGAGUCGCGCUUCUACCGCGUCUUGCACGAGUCCAAAUUGUACUCAAUCGACUUUGGCGGACUGAAUGCGUCCUCGACUAGCGAAAGCGCAGCUGAGAACGGAGAAAAGACCUUGGAACUCGACGACAUGCGACGUCGCGCGCCGUCGCUGGCCGAGAGCGACUACAAGGUCGUGAGGAUCCAGGAACUGACCAAACUGGGCAGCGGACGCACGUCUUCAGCCAGGAACAGACAGCAGAUGAUGCAGCAAGACCGCAACGCUUACAGUGUGAUGAAGAUGCCGGAAGAAGUGGUGGCCAGUAGUGGACGCUUGCAAUGCUUAGUGGGUGCAUCGAACGCUCCUACGUGGUUUAUUCGGUUGGCGCACGUGGAGAACGCCUUUAUGAUGCUGUCAACUAAAGAAACCAGCAAGACAGUGGAGACGGGCGUUGCAACGGAAACGCACUUCCUGGAGCCACUACCUGAGAGCGAGAAGGCCAUCGUGAGCAAGGGCAGAUUCUAUUAUCGCGUAAUGGUGCCGAUUGAGCUGCGUAAAGGUCCAGAUCUUCUGGCUCCCGUGAUCUCUCGACAUGUUUUCAAGAACGCAGAGGAGAUUAUCGAGUGUCAUGAAACAUAUCGCUGUCCGCAGAGUGGCGUGACGUUCGUGAAGCUCGCGUAUGAGGACGGAUGGCUCUUUGAGACGCUGAAUUCAGGGAUUAAAGUGCUGGAACGACUGGCAACAGAGCCAGACAUUCAGUAUGGCCAUUUCUUCUUCGUGGUGAAGAUCCCAGUGGGUAUUCGAGUGGCGCCUCAUAUUAUGGCACAACGGUCGGGCAAAGGCUUCAAGCUGCACUCGAUUGUCGAGGCCUCGCAGCGAUUCACUCCGCCAGGCAGUAAAAUCACGUACGUGCGUGUGUGCAAGGACAAAAACUCUCGUUGUGGAUGCUCAAGAAGCCACGCGGGCAGUGCAGCGAGUCCCAAGUCCAUGGAGCGUGAGAUUGGCAGUGAGUCUCCUACCAAAGACAAACCUUUUGCAACGUUAGCUGCCCCGUCAUCUUGUCAUGGCGGCUGGAUCUUUGAGACGACAAUGGACGGACAGGUGGUGCUGGAACCCAUGGCAGAACCCAAGGUGCGACGGGUAGAGCGACUGUUUUAUCGCGUUUUGGACGACGUGGAGGUGCUCCCAACUCCAGGCGGGAAGAGGAUCCCAGUUUCUAGUGCGUCGACUCCUUCCAGUCCUCCAGGCAGACGCAAACGUCUGAAAGGGACGCUAAUUGAGUGCAGUGAACGGCUUGUUCCUGCUGUACCACCCGCUCUCGCUGACGCUGGUGAACCUGACCUCCCGGACAUAGGCUUUGUCAAGCUACGACACGACGUGGGGUGGAUAUGUGAGCGGCAGUUGCAAUCUCCUUAUAAAUUGCUACUGGAACAGGUUCAGGGAUAUGCCGUCACACGCGAUUUACCCAAGUUUUAUCGUGUGUUAGUACCGGUUUAUCUACGCUCCGCCCCGGACUUUGAAUGCCCAAGACUGCCUGGUGUGGCUCCAAUGACAGCUGGUACCGUGUUUGAGAGCAGUCUGCAGUACACCCCGCCAGGCAGCCGUAUCACGUAUAUCAAGGUGGCUAGUACCUCGCAUCUGACAGCAAAUAGUGCGUGCAACGGGUGGCUAUUCGAUCAAACUCCUAGUGGAGAUCAAGUACUGGAGGCUGUGGAUGAAGACCCGGAGAAGAAGAAUGGCAAGUUCUUCUUCCGCGUAAUCAGCGAGAAGAAAGAGGUACUGCUGUCCCCCGAGAGAACGAGUGAAGUCGUGCGUUACUUGUUCGCCAACACGAUCUUCUCGGCUGAAAUGGAGUACACUCUACCACGUACACAAGAGACAUACGUGCGACUCACAAAGGAGAAAGGGUGGGUUGCACUAGACCCCCCGCGAGCACGAACCGGCAGCUUUUCGAGUCGUUCAUCCAGUCGCAACAUGUUCGGUAUGAAUCUAAGUGAGACGGAAGAAGGCCAACCACGAACACUGGUGCGGAUAUCAGAGGAGCUCUAUAACCUCUACGCUAUGCCGCCUAGUUGGGUCAGUAUUGGCCAUCCGAACCGCACGUGGUUCAAGGUUCCAGAUGAGAAUUGCAGGUCGAUUUUAGCGGAGGAGACGAUCCUACAGAUGUCGGUGUUUGAGUCGCGCAAUAUCUUGGCGUCGAGCUCUCAGGGUCGGGAAGGCGUGCCGCUCUCAAGGAAAGGAACGCUCAGUCUGGACGACGGCAAUACAGUGUGGAACUGCACGUUGGAAGAGAUCAAACAUCCGGCUAGUGCGCUGCUGUUCACGUUCCCGUGGAAACAGGUGUGGUGGAUCUUUGAGCUGGAGGGAUCGGAUGAACGACAUUCUGUCGAGUUGCAACAUGGUCUUCGAGGUGGCUUCCGCUCUAUUCUACUGGACGGGGAGCCGCUACUGCAGAACCGCAGCGUAUCGGACAUGUUGUGGGACUCUGGCAGUGAGUUUACCUUCACGUGGAACGAUCACACGUUCAAGGUGCUUAUUACACUUGAGGGCGCCUUCUUUUCGCAAUAUUUGCAGUUCUACAGCUACACUCUGGUAGUCGAUGAGGAGAAUGUUGUGCCUCUAGAUCAGUAGCUGCAACUAUUGCCAAAUUGUUGGGGGAAAAUAAAUGCCAGAUCGGUAUUAUGAUAACAACCGGAAAAUUUAGGGAACAAAUGGGUUCAUACUGGUUUAGGCUAGUGUGUUGGUGUUGUCCGUGAGUUUUGGCUCAUUGUUCCAUCAUGGUAAUGAGGAAAUCGAGCGCCUCUUCUAGCGGGGGUAAGUCGAUGGUACUGGAGGCAAUGGUGGUCAGCGGUUGUUCGGUUGCAUCGAGCUCUUGCUCUGGUUCGUCUUGAAUACUGAGGUGGAACUGCACGGGGCUGGUGCAGGGACUGGAGUUGGUACUGGAAGGUGGAGAGACGAUCACUUUGGUGUUGAUCUUGAGAGCGUCCGGGUCGCUCACCAUGACUUUGUUGCUGCCCAUACUCUUCAUAAACUCGCAGAACGUGAGCACAUCGUCGUCGAUGCGGUGCUCGACUCGUGCCCACGUUUUGCGGUCCUUGCGCAGCCCUCGCACUCUUCGCAUGAUCUUCUCGUAGUAUUUCUGGGUGUGGGUCUGCACUUGGCGGACGGAGCGUGUGCCGACGGCCGAGGCGAUGCUGCCCCACGGACCGCGUGGAUAUUCCUUGAUGGCGAGCAGGAAGCGGUCGUGCUCGUCCUCGGACCAAAUACCGUGCUUCAUGGUGGAUAAUGGUAAAUAUUCCUAAACUUUAGUGCGGAAUGGUAGUGUGACGGGUACCGGAGUGGUAAAGCGGCGGAGGCUUGCGGCCUGCUCUACGAAUUGUAGAAUGAGGGUGACGCAUGCCCUUAUUCAAUGUGAUGUCUGCUGGCCCCUCUAUCACACGAAACGUGGUCUUGAAGUGACCUUGACACCAAAUCACACGGCAACUUUCCCUCGUCGGCAAACAGCAAAAUAUCGAAAACAAGUCUUGAGUGAAGCUAAACGCGCAGGUGAUUGAGGGAGUGACAGGCAAAAUGUUGCAACAGUAACAGGUACAGCCAGCGGCGAAGUUUGGGCAUUCUCGCCCGGCAAGAAAAUCCAGGACUUGUUGCGCCGGACUUCGGUUAGCGGCAUUGCCGCUGAGAGCGGCACUCCUUGACGCGAUGCGUACUCGAUGCGUACUGAAGAUUGCCUUGCUUCUGUCACUUCAACACUACUGUGAGGCAUGGCCUUCGAUAAAGCAUUUUUUAAUUAUCGGAAUACACGUCGUAAGACCGUUCUAUCGCUUGUAAAACCUA